UCGAUCGCAUUCCCUCCCCCAUGGGCCAUUGUACGUAGGAGCUGAAGUUAGAAAUUCCCUGAGCUGCAAUUAUCAUAUGAGCUCAUGAUUUACUCCGAAGAAGAAAAAUUAGAUGAGAAGUACUUGUCCAGGCCAACCACAAUAUAAUACUAUUGAUGAUCGCAAGUCUUACUGUACAGUAAUAGUUUCUAUAUAGCCAGAAGCAUGUUUCUAUCGAAACCCUCAACUGCUCAACAUAAGAUCAAAUUAUACCCGGCCGCAUUUGUUUAUUUAUUGACUUUCUCCUUUUCUCGUCCCCUACCAAAUCCCUUAUUCAAGCUACUCUCUCUCUCUCUCUCUCUCUCUCUCAAAUCAUCACAUCACCGAUUCACCAUGCAUUCUCCCACCUUUACCUACACACCGUCAAGCGAGAGUGCAGUUUGGGAGGCUGAUGAAAAUUCCAUUUUUCUUUCUCUUGGCCCUCCUGGCCCACAUAACCGCAAGAACCCGUUCUAUAUUCCCUAUUCAAACCACCAUGUGCCUCACCAAAUUCCUUCCAGCGUUGGGGGUACUGCAUCAGUAGCCCUUCACGUUGGUCCUCCAUCAGGACCCAGUUCUAGCAACCCUGAUGAAAUCGCUGAAGGCCAAUACUGGAUUCCUUCUCCCGCGCAAAUCCUUGCCGGCCCAACACAGUUCUCAUGCACUGUCUGCAACAAAAAAUUCAACAGAUACAACAACAUGCAGAUGCAUAUGUGGGCGCAUGGAUCACAAUACCGCAAGGGCCCAGAAUCUUUGAGAGGGUCGAAACCCACUUCUUCCAUUCUGAAACUGCCAUGCUAUUGUUGUGCUGAGGGUUGCAAGAACAAUAUAGAGCAUCCAAGGUCAAAGCCAUUGAAAGAUUUCAGGACACUUCAGACUCAUUACAAGCGAAUGCACGGAGUCAAACCGUACUGGUGCCAAAAAUGUGGGAAAGCAUUUGCGGUCCGAGGGGAUUGGAAGACUCACGAGAAGAAUUGUGGGAAGCUCUGGUUUUGUAUUUGUGGUUCUAAUUUCAAACACAAGAGGUCACUUAAAGACCAUGUUAAGGCAUUUGGGGAUGGCCAUGCUCCGCACUCUACGCGGGAGCUAUGCGAGGUUGAAGAAGAAGAAGAAGACGACGAUGACCACGGUACUGAAAAUGAAAACAGAGGUCAUGGAUCUGUUUUCUUUAAGUAAUAAACUUGGAGUUUAAGCUUAACUUAGGUAAGAUUAAGGUUUGGUAAUUAGUGACUGUAUGCAUGUUUUGUGUGAGAGAGUGAGAGAGGAAGAGGAUGAAGACAAACGGCAUACUGAAACCCAAGGUUCUAGGCAUUAAAUAUGUUGUAAUGUCGAGAGAGAGAGAGA